CAGCAUUCGUGCAUCAGACAGACAUUACCGCAGCGACUGUGAGCACAGCAACCACAAACGAAAGCACCUCACUGAAAAGCACAACUGCUGCACACGAAUUUAUUGACGGAUUAUCAGCAGUUAGCACAGAAUUUGUGCAUCAGAGGGACACUACCGCAGCGACUGUGAACACAGCAACCACAAACGAAAGCACCUCACUGCAAAGCACAACUGCUGCACUGGAAUUUGUUGAUGGAUUAUCAAGGUUAACCACAGCAGAAUUCGUGAUUCAGACAGACAUUACCGCAAUGAAUGUGAACAAAGCAACCACAAACGAAAGCACCUCACUGCAAAGCACAAUCGCUGCACAUGAAGUUAUUGACGGAUUAUCAACAGUUAACACAGCCGAACUCGUCCAACAGACAAAUACUACCGCUGCGACUGUGAACACAGCAACCACAAGCGGAAGCAUCGCUACGCAAGGCACAAUUGCUGAACAGGAAUUUACUGAAGAAUUUGCAACGUUAACCGCAGCAGGACUCGUGCAUAAUGCAGAUAUUACCGCAGUGAUUGUGAACACAUCAGUCACAAAAGAAAGCACCUUACUGCAGGGCACAUCAGCUGCACUGCACUUUAGUGACGGAUUAUCAACAGACACCACAGGUACUAGUUCAAAUUGUUGCUGA